AUGGUGCCUUUCUGGUCUUUCAGCGUGAUCGCUGUCAUUCUUUGCCUGCAGUCCUUUGCAGCAAGUACAGGCAACAUCAUCAAUCAUGGUUUUAGUAUAUCUGUUGGCGACAAGUCUUACUACAUCGAUCCCGAGCCGCAGUUUCAUCUCGCGGGUUGUGGGAAUUGUAAAGAGAGUGAAUAUUCGGCAUCAAUUGCUGGCUUCAUUCGGGUCGCAAUCUUCAACGCCCAAAGCACUUUAUUUUCUGAUUCUAGCCUAGACGAUGCAAUUGAUACCUAUUUGUCUUACGAUGAUGUGUUUGAUACUGCAUUUCUACAAGGCAUUUAUGUUCGACCUGCAAAUGGCUUGCCACUAAACAUAACUGCCUCCUCCAGUCGAGCCUCAGAUCGUUUCGGUACCCAUUUCAUCGAGCCUCUUAGCUUGGGUGAAGAGAUUCCGCCUGGUCCAUUUAUGCUUUCUACAAGAUCUUUGGGAUUACAUGUCCCAUAUUUGCUUUAUACAGACUUCCAAGGCGCGUUUCACCAGGGUAUUGUUUCUUCAGCGAACGGUGUUUUCAAGCCACUCCCAGUGUCGUAUGCCGGCUUUUCUUUUCAGACUAUUCCUGUCCCGUCCCGGUUAUACUACAAGCCGACUGCUGAGAAACCGCUCGAUGGUAUUCGGGUUGGAGUCAAGGAUAUAUAUCAUGUCAAAGGUAUCAAGACUGGAGCAGGAAGCCGGGCCUAUUAUGAGUUGUAUCCGGCUGCCAAUGAAACUGCGCCUGUCGUAAAGCGACUUAUUGAUUCAGGCGCUAUCAUCAUUGGCAAACUAAAGACUACGCAGUUCGCCGCCCCUGAAAACGCCCGAGAUGCCAUUGGCUACCAGGCUCCCUUUAAUCCUCGUGGCGAUGGAUACCAGGAGGUGGGCUCCUCUUCCUCGGGUCCAGGAAGUGCUGUAGCUUCAUACGAGUGGGUCGAUCUUGCGUUGGGAUCCGAUACUGGAGGUUCUGUUCGUGUGCCGGCUGAGGACAACGGUCUCUUCGGAAACCGACCGACGCAUGGGCUGGCCGAUUUGAGCAAUGUUGUUCCAUUGGCGCCCCAAUUCGACACGCCAGGGUUUCUAGCGCGUGAUCCCAAGUUAUGGACCAAAGGUUGUCAAGCUAUCUACUCUAACUUCACAAAGAGUCAUAGCGCUUACCCAAAGAAAAUCUCGGCCAUGGGGAUCCCAAUCGAGAGCGCUGUUGAUCUGAGUGCAUCUGACCACAUAAUUGCGAAUUUCGUACAAAAGCUGGGGGCAUUUCUAGAAGCCAAAACAACUUCUUACAACCUCUCCAAGCAUUGGACUGAUACGCGACCAAAAUCCUCUCCAGCCAACGUGCAGGAUUUACUCAGUCAGACAUGGGCGGUGCUUUCGGCUCAAGAGCAGAUCCGUCUUGUUCGAGACCCAUUUUAUAGAGACUAUGCAGCCAAAUUUGAUGGACGGCGACCCUACGUGAACCCUUCAACAAACGGAUCGUGGGCUUGGGCUGAUGGACUGCCACUUCUGGUGGAUGAAGCUGUCGAGAACAAGACAACUUUCGCGACUUGGUUCAGCAACACGGCAUUGCCCAGUAACUCAGAAACUUGUUCCGAAAGCCUUAUUCUAUACAGUUUCAAAAGCUCACAGGCAGCGUAUAGGUUCACAUACGACGAGGGUAUCGGAACUGGAGGGUUGACAGGCGUGCUUCUAGGAUUCAAUGAUGGGUUCAUCUCACCAAUGGCAGGAAACCCGGAUUUUGUGGUGCCUCUGGGUGAGAUUUUAUACAACAGCACCGUAACAACCAAGGAAGAGAAGAUGCCUGUGUCGCUUCGCAUGAUGGCGGCCAAGGGGUGUGACAGUAUGUUAUUGAGCCUAAUUAAUGAAUUAGUAGAUGAUGGGAUUAUUCGGAUACCUAAGGCAGGUAAUAGCUUAGAUGGAGGUAGGAUUUACUUUUAG